UUAACAGAGAGCACAUGAAGGAAGGAAACCGGAAUGACCCAGGUUUAAGAAAACACACAUUUGAUUCAGCAUAUUAUGAUAGUGUGACAUCUGGACAAAGCGCUCACAUCAGCCGGUGCUUCCUCUAUUGUUCCUCAUGUUUGGGAUGUGACCAAGUUGAAUACUAGAUGUCUGCCUGUCACACUUCUUCUUUUUAAAUCAGUGGUAACAACAUUUCCUCUGCAAUGGCCUUGGUGAGACUGUUAGUGCUGUCUCUAUUCCAAGUGUCUCUGGUUGGCUCUCAGCCCACCCAGAGUCCACAGCAGGCCACAGGAGAGCAGUCUUCUCUGGGUACUGGUAACCUAUCCUUCCCUUGGAGCCGUCUUCGUCUGCCUAGGUAUAUCAUUCCUCUUCACUACCGCCUCCUGCUGCACCCUAACCUCACAAGCCUGAGUUUCACUGGCUCAGUGCAGAUCGAGAUUGAUGUCCAGAACAAUACAAACUGGAUUGUAUUACACAGCAAGGGUCUGGACAUCACGAAGGCCACCAUAUUGAACCAGGACCUUGGUCUUCUGUCUGACCAGGUUCUUCCAGUUCUUCACAACCCUUCCCAUGAGCAGAUUGGUAUUUUUUCUCCCUGGGUGCUCAGCAGUGGGCAGAAGUACUUUUUGUAUAUUGAGUUUGGGGCAAAACUUGCAGAAGGCUUCUCUGGCUUCUAUAAGAGCACAUACAGGACCAGCACAGGAGAGACCAGAACCUUAGCUUCAACUCACUUUGAGCCCACGAGUGCUCGGAUGGCAUUCCCGUGUUUCGAUGAGCCAAGUUUCAAAGCCAACUUCUCCAUACGUGUUAGGAGGAGUUCAGAGUACAUUUCUCUGUCCAACAUGCCUGUUGUGAAGACAGUGGAAGUAAACGAUGGCCUCCUUGAGGACCGGUUUGAUACAUCUGUAAAAAUGAGCACUUACCUCGUAGCUUUUGUCAUCUGUGACUUCAAAUCUGUCACUGCAACAACUUCUUCUGGGGUGCAGGUGUCUAUCUAUGCUGCCCCUGAGAAGUGGCAGCAAACCCACUACGCCCUGGAGGUCGCUGUCAAAAUGCUAGAUUUCUAUGAGGAGUAUUUCAACAUCAGAUAUCCGCUACCCAAGCAAGGUGCCCUUUGUGUAGCUAAGCUACACAAUAUUUCUUUUCUUUCAUAUAAACAUCCAUCAUUUCCCCUCGUUACUCGUUGCUGUCUCCUGAGGUGUGUUUUCCCUCUCUCAGAUCUGAUAGCCAUCCCAGACUUCCAGUCCGGUGCGAUGGAGAACUGGGGUCUGACCACCUACAGAGAGACCAGCCUUCUCUUUGAUCCCCUCACAUCCUCAAUUUCUGAUAAACUUUGGGUUACUUUGGUGAUUGGCCAUGAGCUCGCACAUCAGUGGUUUGGUAACUUGGUGACAAUGGAGUGGUGGAACGAUAUCUGGCUGAAUGAAGGAUUUGCCAGAUACAUGGAGUACAUUUCUGUCCAGGCUACCUACCCUGAUCUCAAAGUGGAGGAAUAUCUACUGGACAUGUGUUUUUCAGCAGUUGGUUAUGAUUCAUUUAACUCCUCUCGGCCAAUAUCCAGCCCGGCGGAGAACCCCACUCAGAUCGAACAGAUGUUUGACACAGUCUCCUAUGAUAAAGGAGCAUGCAUCCUGCACAUGCUGCGACACUUUCUGACUGAAGACGUGUUCCAGAGUGGGCUCGUGCGAUACCUUCACAAAUACAGCUACAGAAAUGCACACAACCAGGACCUGUGGGAUAGUCUAGCAAAUACAUGCUCAGAGGAGGACUUCACAUCAGGAAAAUACUGUUACAGCAGCAGUCAGGCCUCCAAGAAUGCAUACCUGUUUGCAGGGGAACACCUGAACCUGACAGCCAUGAUGCACACUUGGACGCUGCAGAAAGGUAUUCCUCUGGUAACUGUAUCUAGGAAGGGGCCUCUCCUGCUGCUCAGACAGGACAGGUUCCUGAGAACAGUGAUGCCUUCUGACCCUCUCUGGUCCGCAUCGCAACAGGGUUUCCUGUGGCAUAUCCCACUGACAUACAAAACAGAUGCUUCCAGCACGGUCCACAGACACCUGAUGACAACACACACAGACAGUAUACAUAUCGGAGAGGAAGUCAGCUGGGUUAAAAUAAACGAUGACAUGACCGGCUACUAUGUGGUUCAUUACGAGGAUGGUGGUUGGGACGAGAUGACCAAACUACUUUUGGAAAACCACACAGCUCUGAGCUACAAAGACAGGACUCACCUGAUACACAACGCCUUUCAGUUGGUCACGGCAGGUCACCUGCCAGUCAAUAAAGCCUUGGACCUGAUUGGUUACCUGCGAUUGGAGACACACAAUGUGCCUCUACUCCAAGGACUGGCCUAUCUGUCGGGCUUCUACCAGAUGAUUGCAUUUAGGAAUGAGUCAGAUCUAAAAAGCAACCUGGGGACGUACAUCCUGCGAUAUUUCCGUUCUGUCAUCGACCAGCAGACGUGGAGCGACAUGGGCUCUGUGUCAGAAAGACGGCUGAGGUCAAACGUCCUGUCACUGGCUUGCGAUCUGGAAGAUCCUCCCUGUCUGAAGCAGGCGCAUCAGAGCUUCAAAGACUGGCUUCAGUCCAACGGUACACUCAACUUGCCCACUGAUGUGGCAACAACAGUGUAUUCAGUUGGAGCUCAGGAUGACCAUGGCUGGGCCUCACUCUUACACACAUACAACAUCUCCCUCUCUGCAGCACAACAAAGCAAAAUCCUGUUUGCCUUGACAUGCAGUAAAGACACAAACAAACUACAGAGACUACUGCAGUGGGGUCUGGAAGGGAAGGUGAUUCGAUCCCAGGACCUGUCUUAUCUCAUCCGGAUGGUGGCCAGGAACUCGGAGGGACAUCAUCUAGCCUGGAAGUUUGUCAAGAAGAACUGGGACACACUGGUUCAGAAGUUCCAGUUGGGCUCAUCUACUAUUAGAAACAUCAUCAUUGGUACCACAUCCCAGUUUUCAAAUCCAGAGGAACUCACUGAUGUGAAGCUGUUCUUUGAGUCUAUCAAAGAAGAGGCGUCUCAGCUGAGAGCUACCCAGAUCGCCCUGGAAAACAUUCAGAAAAACGUCCGCUGGUUUCAGAGGAACCUCGAGACUCUGAGAAACUGGCUGAACAAAAGAAUGAAGUGAGCGACAGCAGAAAGAGAAGUGGUGAAUGUUAGAUGCCACAAGAGAUUUAGAAUUUUUGAUGGAUGUGUUUCUAUUUGCAAAUAAUUUUGAUGUGCUUGACAUCACUGAAGAGUUGACAGUUUUGUAUGUAUGAAAAAAAGGUUUUGUAAAACUUAUUUGUGAGACAAAAAAAUAAUAAAAUUUCAUUGGUAGAAAUGAAA